GGCAGACGGUCGCGGUUGAAAAAUGUCCGAUCACUCGAAUUUGUCUACGUGAAAGCGUGGUAAACAGAGACUCGCGUUCGCAGUGAGACCGGCAGACGAAGCUCGCUACCGGCGCAACGUUGACGCGUUCCUCCGGUUUCCGGCGUGGCGCGAUCCUGGCACGUGUGCGGAAAAUACGGGCCGCCCGCGGUGCACUCGAGCGCUGCCGAGUGCACGACGGUUCGAUCGCGUUGUGAACGUCCUGACGGAAUAAAACAAGUGAUACGACGUAUUAUCGACGAUAGUCGAUUGCGCGCGAGGGCGCCGUGCUGCGUGUCGGAGCAACGCUUCACAAUAGGAUCGACAAGUGUAACUCGAUUGAACGAACAUUCCACGUUGGCGAAUGUGAUUAGACAAGUGGCCGACGCAAAGCGCGCACUUGGCAAAACAGACUUCGGGAAGAUUCGGGACGAACGGAGAAUGGGGAUCGCCAAGGAGGAAUGAUAGGAUGCAAGAGGGCAAUACCGCGGUUGCGCUAGCGAUGGUUACUCCUGGAUACGAUCAGGACCCUGCAAGUGGGGUUGCGGACUACACGACUCAUCAGGAUCAGGCGCAGUUUGAGGCCGACAAACGGGCCGUGUACAAACAUCCGUUGUUCCCGCUGUUGGCGUUACUUUUCGAGAGAUGCGAACAGGCGACGCAGAGCUCGGACAACUCCACGUCCGAGAGCUUCAACAUGGAUAUACAGGCCUUCGUCCAACACCAAGAAAGAGACCGAAAGCCUUUCCUGAUCAAUGACCCCGAGAUUGACGGUUUGAUGAUCAAGGCCAUACAAGUGCUGCGCAUUCACCUCCUGGAGCUGGAAAAGGUGCAGGAACUGUGCAAGGACUUCUGCAACAGAUACAUCACGUGCCUGAAGGGCAAGAUGCAGAGCGAGAACCUACUACGGAGCGACUACAGCCACCACGGGCACGACAUGGGUCCGUCGAGUGGAAGCAACGGCAGCAGUCCGCUACAGGUGCUGUCAUCUACAGGCAAUGAUGAAUCGGGAGCUAACGGAUUCAGAGUGAGCCGAGGGGAUCCCGUGGCGGAGAACGAUGGCACGAAUCCGCUCGCGCGAGAAGAGAGCGUCAAUCACGACCAACCGUCGUCGGUCCGAUCGUCUUCCGCUGUCCAGCGUUCGGGCAGGUCCACUAACCAAGACCACGACGAUCCGCUCUCGCCGCCCGCGGUGCACGGAAGCACGCCUCUCUCGCAAAUCGGGGCGCACGCGUGUACCCCGGUUAAUGAUAUGUAUCUUGGUCAAGAUGACAGUAUCGAGUAUCUGCAGACUAUCUCUGAUAGAGUUUAUUUGGAAGAAGCUGGAUACUGGGGGCUUCUUGCGUUGCGAGAAAGGGAAAAAGAAUACGUGGAUGUCAGAAAUACUAACGAUGAAAAGUAUCUCGACAUUACUGUUGCAGGUUCACCUUCCCCAGCGGCGAGCGAAGAUGAGGAUGAAGGUGCCAGUAACGCGGUUUCAAAUCAUAGCGCUGGAAAUCAUAGGAGUAAUCACAGUAGUGCUAGAAAAGGACGUCAGAAGCGAGGUGUUUUGCCUAAACAUGCCACCAGCAUCAUGCGAACGUGGCUUUUUCAGCAUUUAGUACAUCCUUACCCAACCGAGGACGAGAAACGUCAAAUUGCCAGUCAGACGAACUUAACGCUGCUGCAAGUAAACAAUUGGUUUAUCAAUGCCCGUCGACGGAUUCUGCAACCCAUGCUGGACGGGGCAGGUGCGGAUACGGCAUCGCGCGUAGGAAAACGCCAUAAAGUUUCGAAACACUCGGUACAGCAACAGGCGAGUCAGCAGCAACAAGCGGACUGGCAGUCCGAAGAUUCCGCAAGUGAUUCGGGUUCUAGCGACGGUGAGGGUGUCGCUAGAUCGAAAGACGGUAACGAUAGCGACGAAGAUGAUAUCCACUGACCUCUGCCGAUCACCGAAACGUCAACCUCUUUACGGUACCUUCAAAUCCAGUUGCUCAUUACAGUAUUAAGAUAUUCGAGAAUAGAUAUCGCUUUAACUGUCAAAUACGUAAUUAAUCUCAUGAAAGUUAAGGAUAUGUGGGUAGGGGUUAUCACGCUCUCUGAUCAUUCGAUACUUAAACCAGUCGCUACCAUUUAUGCAACUGUCAGUUUAUGUGACAACUAAUUAGAGUUUUCAUUUUCGGCAUCGGAGAUCGUCGCAAUAUUGUUGAGUCGAGAGGGGAGAACUGAGAUCGAAUAGGUACUAGAAAGAGCUGCUAAUUUAAAUAUACAAAAGUAUAAAUUUGCAUUAAAGCUGUGAGGAAUAUUAUUUAUUUUUCGACGAAACAUUUUUAAGUGAUCGCCAGUACGUGUGCAAAUAGUAACGAUAUACCCGUGCUUUCCUGAGAAUUAUGAUUUUUUCUAUUAGUUCAAUUUUUUCAUCUGCCAGAGGCAUGAGACAUGUUAUUUAUGUGACAUUCGUAAUAUAUUGAAACAAAUAUACUCUCUCUUUCUGCUUUGUACAUGUAAUUACAUUGAUUAUUGGUAGAUUAAAAAUAUCUGCCAUAAAGAGAUUUAUUUAUUACUUGUAUUUUCUUUUUUAAAAGGUACGUUCUCGGCUAGAAAAUUAUAGACGUAACAAUGUCACACAAAUUUGUUCUUUAUAUAUAUAUUUUUUUAUACACUAUAUUAAUUGUGUUCAAAGAUUGACUAUUGCCAAUUUUUCAGUCAUACACACACACACACACACACACACACACACACACAUUAAUUUCGAUUGAACACAAUAAAAUAAUGAGGAGAAAAAUCAAAUCUUCAUUUUCUGUUAGCUCCUUGAUCUUGCUUAUUAGUUAUUCCCUUAUUUGUUACAACUAAAUAUUGUUACCACUAUCCCACUAUACUACUAUUGCUACCAUUAUAGCAACUUCAAUUUUUCUCAUUAUCGCUAUACUGCGUCCAGUGAGAGAACAUCGUCUGCGCACAUAGGCGGGCUAUAAGUGGCAUGUAGUGCCGCUCUAUACUCAGUAUACGUAAUACGGCAUGCUCGGGCUCGGAGCUCAGCUUAGAAAAAACUGAGCGGGUGAAAUAAUUUCGACAUACCACGAGCUUGUACGGAAUGGACGUGUUUUCGAUAAUGUUCUCUCGCUGGACGUAGUAUACUGUCUACUAUUGUUAAUAAUACUAUCACUAUUACUAUUGCUGUUCCUUCCAUUGCUGCUACUAUUACUAUCGCUACUAUAAUACUAUUACUACUACUACUAUUGCUACUAUUCUACAACUAUUAUUAUUACAACUAUUACUACUACUACUACUAUUACUACUACUAUUACUAUUACCAUCGCUGUUAUAUUCGUACUAUUACUAUUAACGUACUAUUAUUACUAUCACUAUUACUACUACUAAUACUAGUAUGACUAAGAUUUAUACUUCUAUUUGUAUUUCUAUCGCAACAAUCUCAGUCUUCUGUUAACAAGAGAAACAAGAGAAAGCUGAAAAUUCACGAAGUUUCUGUGCUUGCAAUUUUAUAUAAUUUGUAUAUAUUCCUUAAAAUAGAAAUUAAUUGAUUAAUUUUUUCUCCGUAUUUUUAUAACUUGUAUGUAGCGAUAUAAUAUUGAUAAUGAAAACUGAUAAAGACCACGGCUAACCCACAAUAAUAUGAAAAUUAUAAAUUAACUGAUUAGAAAAAAACAUUAUAUAUGUAGUUCGUAAAAAGAUAACUUGGACGAAGCCUACUGAAAUUUUUAAAUUUCGAUAAAAACGCUAUACUAUAUGAUAUUAAUUGUAUUUUUCGUGCCAUUAAAGAGCGUGGUAACUUCCGCGUUUAGUCUUCGUUCCGCUCUGCAGUGUCGUGGCAUAGCAAAGUGCUGUCCCUCCAUGAUAAUAAUAAUGAUGAUAUGAAUAAUAAUGAUAAUGUUAAUUAUCAUACUAUUGAUAAUGAUAAUAAUUAUAACUAUAAUUAUGUAAUAAUGAUAAUAGUAAUAACAACAGCAGCAGCAGCAGCAGCAGCAACAAUACACAACACAAUGAUGACAUAAUACUUUAAAUAUAUGAUGAUUAUAUAUUUUUAAACUCUAAGUGUCGCGUUUUCAAGCGUGUACUGUACGCAUGUGUAUGUUACACAUGAUACUAUUGUACAUAUUACAUGCGAAACUUUCCGUGUGUAUGUGCGUGCGUGUGUGUAUCUCUGCUGCGUGUACGUGAGAGUGAGAGUGAGAGGAGAGAGAGAGAAAAAAAGAGAAUUAUAGAGAUAAAGCAAAGAAGAAAUAUUACUAAGUAUGCGAAAGAGAAGGUAAUAACUUUUCUUAUAACUGAAAAAUUGAAUAUUUAACAAGAUACAUGCCAUUGUAGAAUGUUAACGUUUAUGCACAGGCUGUCUACAUAUGAUCAUUACGUUUUACUGUCGAUGCAGUAGGGAUGUUUCCUUUACGUUUUAACACGGAGGAGAUUCCUUUAUCUUGAAUUCCCCGCAAGGUUUAGCACCCGUUGGCAAACCAUAGCCGUCUUCUCUCCGAUAUGCCCGUGUACAUAUCGUUCUUCCUGAUCCGCACAUCGCAUGUAUAUUUAUGCUUUUUCGAUCCGUCAUUUCCGCGCGGUCCGUCCAUUGAUAAGAAGCAUUUCUAUCUAUCUCGUUGUAUCACGCCGUUAGAUUCGACGCGUGAAGUAACGUAGCAGAAAUUAGUCACUCCCAAGUCCAUUGAUUCCACAGAAAGCUGUAGUCAUCGUUCUCCCAAUGGGUCAGCAGGUCCGGCAAUGGUGGAAUUAUCGCGAUUUUCGACCAGCUCAUUUCAAUUCGGUCGAUAUCGUUACAAUCAUGAUUUCUUCUCACGAAUCAGUUAUUGAUAAGCGAACUGGCACUAGUCACACAAUCGUGGGAGGAAAAUGUAAUUAUGUAAUACAGCCUGGUGAUGUCAGGUGACCUUAAAAUAGCCAGAUACGAUUUUUCUGUUGUACUUAUAUAUUCUUCGCUUACAACGAGUUUCUUGAUGUACAUAGCCGAUUGACCAGAGUGCUUCCAUCAUUAUAGCUUACGAAUGAUUCAGGUUGAAUACACACUGCGUGUAGUUUUGUACGUUGUUUCCUUUUAAGAAAUCGAUUCUCGUGUAUAAUGAUAUAUAAGUUCCACUUGGUAGCUUGAUCGUAACUUCGAUCACGAUUACAUCGUAGUAAUCACAUGGACGUUUAGAACAUGCGACGUGACUCGAGUAAAACGAUAUCAUCAGUUGCAGACAGCUGAUAGCAUAGAUUCGUGUACGGUGCUACGACAUCGGUUCGCUUAAAGUAAUAAUAAUAAUAAUAAUCGGCUGCAACGAUAACAAAAACAAAAAAAGACGAAGCGGGAAAACAUUGCUUAUUGUAUUGUACGAUGCUUUUUUUUCUGAUUUAAGGAGAACACCUGUUCGGACAUUCGCCAAAGUGCUUCGCGUACCACGUAAACGGGCCGUUUGUAACAAGCAAUAAUGCACACAGUCGCAUACGCAUUCAAUUUCAACGAGACGAACAACAACAGAUAAUCAGAUUUCUUUAACAAUUAUUGCUUUGACGAACCACCUGUGGGUACGGGACUAUAUUGUAUUCAAGAUAAAUCAAUUUAAUGCUGAGAUAAUGCUAGAUAUUAAGAGGUAGGUUGUAAGGCUGAACCAUGUAUACGUAUGUGCUGCGGCACCAAACGACUGUGAUAAUUCGGUGGGCGGUGCCCAGCCCUCCUACUUCAUCCUUGUAUACAGAAAAUUAGUUGAGAAAAGCGUAAACGAUUGCCGAAGAGGUUGAACGUGUCGUAUCGGAGCGUGCGUAACGGAGCGAUGUCACCCAUAUGCACGUGGAUAAAGCCAAAACAUGUGUACGCAUUUGACAUAUUUUCACCAGGUACUUUCAUUUUUUUUUUUACAUGUAGUAGCCGUAAUAAAAAUCCUAUGACGCGUGCAUAUGGAGUCUUAAUACGAAUAGGAAGCAUUAACGUCUGCCGCAUUCUUCGCAUUAUCGAGUACGAAAUCUGUCGAUUAUCUGUCGAGAGAAUUAGAUUAAAAAGGAGUAAAUAAAAAACGAAGGUAGAGAUGGGUCAGAAUAUAAUGUGGUCUUUGACGUAACGCUGAACAAUUUCGUGAUUGUUUUCACAUUCGGUGAUUAUGAUUAUUAAUAAAUCAUUAAAAUAAUUGGUUACUUCGGUUCUGUAUGACAUAUAUAAUUACGUUAUGAAAAAUGUUAAAAUACUUUCAGUUACGUUGCAUGUUGUUUUUUAGUUGUAUCCUUAUAUUGUGCAGUAUCUUCGUCUCGUACAAUAAUUCUCUCAAAGAUUCGAUAAAUCCGUCAUUCCUAAAGACAAACAAAGACGAACGACCCGCUUCUAACUUUGUCGAAAUUUUAAGAGUCGUAAAUAAAACAUAUUAUAUACUUACACAUGCAUACUAAAAAAAAGCAUAAAUAUAUAAAUUAAACACUUCUUUCCCGUGUACAUCAAAGCCCUGUUAAGUAAGUUGUUUAACGAUAAUAAACGCCAUCACGCUUGCA